UAUCGGUUUAACUGCUACUCCAUAUGAUAAAAGCCCGGUAGAAAUUUUGGCUGGUUUAAGUCAACACUUUACAUGUACAGCUAACCCCGGCAGACCGCCAUCAAAGAUUCAGUGGUAUCUGUCUGGUUCCAACAUUACUAAUGCUGCUACUGCUCAGCCUGAUGUAUGUAAUCCUGGAUGUAAUGAAAAAGUGAUGUCGUCAAGUGUCCUACUAUAUAUCGAUCCACCUGUUAUCUUCAAUAUACCAGAUUACACCAUCACAGAAGGGAGUAUUCUACACAUAACUCCUACUAUUGAUGCCAAUCCUCAACCUUUAUCUGUUUGGUGGACUCGUCAAAAUGACACCAGUUACACAUAUACUGGCAUGAAUCUUACAAUCAAUAAUAUACAGAGAGAAUCCAGUGAUUACUACAUAUGUAAUGCAAUGAACACGAUAACAACAUCAAGCCAUUCAACUCAGAACAGAACAACAGAAAAAUUAUUUAAAGUCAAUGUACUAUAUCCACCUUCAGUUUAUAUGGAACCUAUGUAUAGUCCAUUCAUUGUGCAUGAAGACCAACAGAACAUCAGAUUAUCAUGUGUAGUAGCUAAAGCUAAUCCUAAAGAUGCUAUAAUGUACCAAUGGACUUAUCCUGCUGGUAUCGUAAGAGAUGGAGAUCUUACCAUAACCACUGUCUCAAAGAGUCACUACGGACUGUAUACGUGUACCGCUUCAAAUUCGGUUGGUACAUCAACAUUUACGACGAAACAAAUAGAUGUACAUUAUGAACCUGUAAUUGAUGGAAUUCAGGAUUAUAACAUUGAAGCAGGCAAAACACUCACGGUUACUCCUACAAUAGAUGCUAAUCCUGCACCUACAGCUAUAUGGUGGACUCGUGAGAAUGAUAUCAGCUUCAUUUAUCAUGGACUAAAUCUUAAAAUCACCAAUAUUCAUAAACGGGACAGUAAUAACUAUACAUGUCAUGUAAUGAACACUUUAACACCAUCUGGGUUGUCUGCGCAGAACAUAACUUCAAUUACAGUUUUUAACAUUAAUGUACAAAAGAUUUCCAAUGAAGAAUCAGUAAACGGUGCUGCGGUCGGUGUAGGAAUGGGAUUCACUGUUAUCCUAUUGACAUUAGGAGUUACCAGUCUAAUCAUUCUUCUGUACAGAAAACGUCGAAUCAUAGAGAGAAAAGACAAACGUCCGAAACAGACAAGCAUGUUUAUAAUGAGUUGCAAGAUAUAAAAUCAGAUGCUAAACAGCAGAAGAAAAGCUCAGAAAAAA